CGAGGGGCGAGAAGCUCAGAGGCUAUUGCCUCGGCGGACGAGUCGACUCUCCGUACCGUUCUACGCGGCCUUUGCGCUGAGCGUGAGGUUGAAAAACUGGUUGGCAAACACUUGUAUCAAGUGACCAAGCUCAACGCGGCCAAGGCAGACAGCUCUGGCUCCAAACGGAAAGCGACGUCUCCCGUUCACAUCUGCAUUCGGUGUGGCCAGGCUUUUGAGGAAGACGACAAUAGGAAGGAAUGUCGUUACCACCCAGAGGAGAUGGAGAUCGACGACAAUGCGUCCACAUGGUAUGACUGGGAUGAGAGAGCCCAUGGUGAGAUGGAUACGGCAGAGAAUCGUCGUAAUCCUGACCUCCUUGGGGGAUUCAUUUAUUAUUGCUGCGAAAAGCGAGCCGACGAGUCGGAGGGGUGCAAAUUGGGUUACCACCAGGCUAUUGACGGCAAGAGGAAGAUUCGAUGUUGA